AUGGGGGAAAAUGCUGUAUUUAAAUUAGAAGCGGAAAAUGAACUUCGUGUUAUGGUUGGUGAUCAAACACAAAGUGUUGAGAUUGAACUAAUUGAUGGCCUUGCCGAAAUCUAUGGCACGGAGAUGCAGAAAAACAAAGUUUAUGCAUUUCCGAAAUCUUCAUCAAUAUCUGUUUUUUCAUGGCAAGGUUGUUCUAUAAAAGUGACAGGUGCCCCACAGGAGGCUUAUAUUGCUACUGAUACUUACAUGAUUCUUCAUGUUAUAUUACACGCUUGUUUGGAACAGAUGCGAAUAGCUGCGGAAAACGAUAAUCGCAAGGGACCCGUCACCCUAGUAGUAGGUCCUGCAGAUUCUGGUAAAAGUUCUUUAUGUAGACUGCUCUUAAAUUAUGCAGCCAGACUCGGAAGAAAACCAUUUCUAAUAGAUUUAGAUGUUGGGCAGAAUUCGCUUUCGAUUCCAGGAACAAUAAAUAUACUUAACGUAGAUAAACCAGCUGAUAUUGUUGAUGGUUUUGAUCAAGAAGCUAUACAAGCAUAUCAUUUUGGUUAUAAAAGUCCUGGACAAAUGAUUGCUUUAUAUUUUCUUCAAAUCAAAAAAUUAGGGGAAAUACUUCAAACACGCUUGAGAGAAACUAAUAGGAAUGCUCGAACAUCAGGCGUGAUUAUUGAUACUUGUGGUUGGACCAGAGGUGAUGGCUAUAAUGCGUUAACUCUAGCUGCUAUGUCAUUUCAAAUUGAUAAACUUGUUGUUGUACAAGAAGAACGUUUAUAUACACAGCUGAAACGAGACAUGCCGUCUUGUGUUGAAGUUCUUUAUAUGCCUAAAAUGCUAGGUGUUAAUGAAAGAACUAGACCAGUUCGUAUUCACUAUAGAGAAAAAAGAGUGAAAGAAUAUUUCUAUGGUUCUACUGUUGAAUUACACCCACACACUUUUGAAAUUCAUUUCUCCGAGAUUAAAAUUUACCAAGUUACAAUGAAAAGUCCCGCACCAGACAGUAGUGUUGGUGUUUCUCUUAAUGAUAUUGGUUAUAGUGAAGUGGCCUUAGGACCUCAAUUAAUAAAUCAGGUUUUGGCUCUCAGCUCAGCAGAUAAAAUGUCUGAUGAUGCGGUAUUAAAAAAUAUUAUUGGAUUUAUAUGUGUUAGAGAUAUUGAUUUAGUUCGAGGCUAUAUCACUAUUUUGAGUCCACAACCUGCUCCGUUACCAAAAAAGAUUUUAUUUUUGGGAGACAUUGAACUGAUAAUGUAG